GUUACUUGAAUAGGGUCCCACGCACAGCUUAAGGCAAAAUCUGAAAGGGGGUACGCAGGUUCGUUCUGCGCUAUGGUGACAAUCAGUAGCACCUCCCGUGGUUACAAAAGAUCUGUUUAAUAGCGGUUCUAUGCGCAAUAGACUGCUGUCGACUCUGACUACGCUGAAUUAGUCCGCAACAUUUGCAGGCAUCCAGUCACACCAGGACAGGGAUAUAAGAGGAUUUCACUGCUUUGGUCACCAUGACAGACACUAUGAUGGGCACACGAGGUAUGUACUCACAGCCUGGACCUAGCACCAGUUCAGAGCUGACCGACGAAGAAAAGGAAAUCAUUAACAGUGUGAUUGCCCGAGCUGAAAAGAUGGAGGCCAUGGAACAGGAGAGGAUUGGACGUCUGAUGAAUCGUCUGGAUAACAUGAAAAAGACUGUGUGUGGCGAUGGGGUGUCUCGCUGCUUGUUGUGUGGAGAGCAGUUUGGUGCCCCAGGAGUCAGCUCUGUCGUCUGUGAAGACUGCAAAAAGAACAUGUGCACAAAGUGUGGCAUGCAGAAUAACAGCCGACCGCGGUCUGUAUGGCUGUGUAAGAUUUGCAGUGAACAGCGAGAGGUAUGGAAGCGAUCUGGGGCAUGGUUCUUUAAGGGCCUCCCUAAGCAGUUUCUGCCUUCACCCAUGCCCAUAUCCAAAGCCAAAGAGCCUAAAUCCCAGAACAUUCCAGAGAACACAACUGCUCUUGCUGCACCUGUAGCCGCUGCCCAGCCUCAGGCACACUCUAGAGAUCUAGUGGAGAGACAGGCAUUUGGUCCAGAUACACAGCCAGCAGCUGCAGAGCUCACAGCACGUCCACCCAAUGCUCCCAAACCACCUGUGGCUCCCAAGCCUGCUAGCAUCAGUGGCACCUGUUACUCAGAAGCAGAUGGUUCUGUAGUGAUGAAAAAGGCUGUUGCUGUCCAUAGCACCAGAUCACCCCUAUCCACUCCAGGUCUUGUAAGCCAGCAGAUUACUACUGUUCACGAAGGAGACAGGGGAGCGUACAUGAACACUGGGCUGCAGGACAGAGCACCUCCUACAGAGAGGGAAGAGAGAACUCGGCCUGCCAUUUACAACCCCUCACAUGCCCGUCAUCAGGCACCUCCACCAGAGGAUGAUGAUGAUGAUGCAAACAGCUAUGACUCUGAUGAAGCUACAACUCUGGGAGCACUUGAAUUUAGCUUGCUUUAUGAACAAGAACAUAACAGCCUUCACUGCAACAUCAUCAGAGCUAAGGGUUUGAAGCCAAUGGAUUCCAAUGGCUUGGCUGAUCCCUAUGUCAAGCUGCAUCUGUUACCUGGUGCAAGCAAGUCAACUAAGUUACGCACCAAGACUCUCCGCAACACUCGUAAUCCUGCCUGGAAUGAGACUCUGGUAUACCAUGGGCUGACAGAUGAUGACAUGCAGCGCAAAACCCUCAGAAUUUCUGUUUGUGAUGAGGACAAGUUUGGGCACAAUGAGUUUAUUGGUGAGACCAGAAUAGCUCUGAAGAAAAUAAAAUAUAACCAGAAAAGGAAUUUCAAUGUAUGCCUAGAGAGAGUGGUACCAACAAAGAGAACAGCAACUGCUGGAACUGCUAGGGGAAUAUCCCUUUAUGAAGAUGAGUCUGGUAAGGACGGAACAGAGGUGGAGGAGAGAGGACGUAUCCUGAUCUCCCUAAUGUAUAACAGCCAGCAGAGUCGUCUCAUCGUGGGUGUAAUCCGUUGUGUUCACCUAGCAGCCAUGGAUGCUAAUGGAUACUCUGACCCCUUCGUCAAAAUAUGCCUAAAGCCAGACAUGGGGAAGAAGGCUAAGAACAAGACCCAGAUUAAGAAGAAGACCCUAAACCCUGAGUUCAAUGAAGAAUUUAGCUAUGAAAUCAAGCAUGCAGAGCUGGCCAAGAAAACCUUGGAUAUCUCUGUGUGGGAUUAUGAUAUUGGCAAAUGCAAUGAUUAUAUAGGAGGGUGUCAGCUGGGCAUCACUGCCAAAGGAGAGCGUCUGAAGCACUGGUAUGAGUGCCUCAAGAACAAAGACAAGAAGAUUGAGCGCUGGCACACCCUGCUUAAUGAGAAUCAUAUCUCCAGUGAUUAAGACUUGUGAUGAGUCUUCAUGCAUGCCUUAGAUAAUUACCCCAACCCUAGUUUAACCUUGUUCUUUUUGCAUUCCCUUGCUUCCCUUAUUCUCCACUAAACUAAAGUUUACAUAUUCUCUCAUAUCAUACCCUCUUACUGCUAUCUGCCAUCACAGAUUGUCCCUGUGUGUUUCCAACAAGGGGAAUGUUUGAAAAAAUUGGCAAUGAAUUUUGGGAGUUUUGUCAGCUUCAAACUAUAACUUCAAACUAUAAAGAAAAAAUCAAGCAGUAGUGGAGUUAAGGCAUGCAGCGAAAACAUAUGCUCUUAGUUUGUUGCUAUAGCCUAGCCAAAAAAAAACACAAAAAAAAACCAAAAACAAACACACACACACAAACACACACACAAAGAGAAACAUUUAUUUAUGUACUUUGGUCAUUGACACUGCCAAUUAUAAACAUUUACCCUGUUGAAGGCACAUCUUAACAUAUCUGCAACCCUUGGACAACUUAUUAAAGGCCCCCAGUCUUUCCUAAAAUCACUGUAAAAAACUAAAGUUUACACUCAUUGGGCAUUGUUCAUCAUAUCUAUAUGCCUUUGUUAAAUAUUGUGGUAGCUUGAUACUCCAUGUCUUAAUACAAAAUAAAGGAAACAGUGUUUACUUUUAUUGGCAUGGUAUAAGAAUGAUAUUUAUACAUUUAAACAUAUGUUAACAUAAAUGUUACAUAUGUUAUCUAGACCAAACAAGAACUGAAAAAAGGUAUAGUUAAGAUAAAACCCACUGGAAUUUAACAUAUAAGAUCCAGUGGUCACUAACAAAAUGUUUACAUGGGUUGCCUGGUAGAUUAUAAUUCUUGAAAUGGGAUCAUCAGUUUAGCAGUACAGCUGCAUUACUUGGGUCAACAUGCUGUUCCGUAAAUCACUGUUACAGCUCAAUUAAUGCCUAUUCACUUGAGCUAACAACUCAAGAAAACCACAAACGCCUAUAACCAUGCAGUUUAUAUAUUGCACAUUUAUUAUUUGAUACCAGUGACAUAUUGGAGGUACAAAUAAAAAGGAAUUUGUGAGUAAAGCUUAAAAGAAACUUUAGUUUUACAUCAGCAUGAUCCCAGAUUUGAUGUCAAUGGAAGAACUAGUGUUUAUUGUUUUUUUUGUUGUUGUUUGUUAUAGUUUAGUUUAUAUGUUUGCCUGUUUGAUUAGGUGGGGAUAUUUAAAUAUUGAGUAUGCACCUGCAUGAUGUAGAUUAUCAGUCUGUAUCCAUUUUAUGUGGUCUACUGGUGAAGAAUUAGACGUAUAUUAUUAAUGUUAUGAUUUAAUACAUGCAAAACAUUGAUGUUAUCGUCCUCAUUUACAAUACGAUACAAAGAUAAAUAUAGAAGCUGCAUGUUGGAGCCAUCCUUUUGCCUGUAAUGUCCAAAUUAAAGGACACAUUUCAGAAAUGCCCUUACAUAAGGAUCUGCUCCAUUUUGCAUGCGAAAUGUGCGUGUCACCUCCAAACCCUGAGUUUUAUUACCUGUCUCCAUUUACUAUAGAGGUGAUCCUUAUAGUUUGCUCCUCUUGCACAAAGGCUCGUCUAUGGGAGUGUAGACCUCUGUGGCUCAAACCCCUGAAGCUUUGCCUUGUAGCUAUUGCCCAUUGACCUGUGAACAUUUAAGCAAAGCACACAUUACUGUACAAUGGAAUGACCUCAGAGUUUUUGCCAUUGUAGCUCAUGUAGGCUAUUUAGCUUUGAAUUUAUAGAUGAAAAGAAUAUAUUGUAAAAUGAAAUGAGUUAACUUUACCUGAAAGCUUUGCUGGUACUGAUUGCUUUGAAUCAAAUAUAUGCUACUAAGAAUGAUCAGAACUUGAAUUAAUUCUGCAUUAUUAUGUACUAUAUGGCCAAAAAUAUGUGGACACCUGACCAUCACUCCUAUAAGAGCUUGUUAGAUAUUCCAUUCCUAUUAUGGGCAUCUAUAUGGUGUUCGCUGCCUCUUUGAGGCUAUCAUACCCACCCUUCUGGGAAGGCUUAACAAGAUUUUGAGUAGAGAUAUUGUGAGAAAAUUUGUGUGCAUUCAAAAGAGCUUUUGUGAGGUCAGGCACUCAUGUUGGACAUAAAAGCCUUGCUCAUAAUCACCAUUCUAAUUAAUCCCAAGAGUGUUUAGUGGAGUUGAGGUUAUGGAUAUGCACGGCCAACUAGAGUUCCUCCACACUAAACUCUUCAGGCCAUGUCUUUAUUGACUUAACUUUGCACACUGGGGCACAGUCAGGGAGACAGGGAAGCAUCUUCCCUAAACUGUUGCCACAAAGGUGGUAGCAUAUAAAUGUCUAAAAUGUUUUGUAUGCUGUAGCAUUAAAAUUACCUUUACUUGGAUCUAAGGUACCCAAACCCUGAAGCACAACUUCAGACUAGUAUUCUUCCACUGUCAAACUGUUGGCACUAUGCAUUCCAGUAUGUAGCAUUAUUACUGGCAUCCAAAAAACCUAGAUUUAUCAAUCAAACUCCCAGAUUGAUUAAUCAUUUUAGAGAUCUACUGCUCCAGAGUCCAGUGGCAGCAUACUUUACACCACUCCAGUCAAUGCUUGUCAUUUUACAUAAUCAUCUUUGCCUUGUGUAUAGCUGCCCAGCCACAGAAACCAAAUAUAUGAAGCAACUGAUUCACAGUUCUUGUGCUGAUGUUGCUACCACUGAAUAUUAACUGAUGCAACAGCUACACGCUUAAGCACUUGGCAACUCCUGUCUGUGAGUUUGCAUGGUAUAGUGCUUCACUGCUAAACUGUUGUAGAUGCUUUAAUUUCACAGUAAUAACUCAGUUGACUGGGACAGAACUAGUAGAGCAGAAAUGCAAUGAGCUUGGCAAAAGGUGGCAUCCUAUGACAGUGCUGCAGUUUUAGUCACUGGGAAUUUGUAUGAUUAUCCAUUGCAUGGCUAUGUGGUUGAAUUUAUGCUCCUAUUAACUAGGAUGGGGUGGGGGGUGGGGGGUUAAACCUCUGACCUCAGUAGCUUGGAGAGCUGACCACCUACUUUUGGCCGUAUAGUUUAUACGGGUACUGCAGAUGGAAAUUCAUUAGUUUGCUAUCCCCGGUGCAAAGCACCUCUUCUCAUUUGAGAUGAAUAUUUUUUGUACACGGUCCCUGACAAAAUAAAUUAAAUAAAGCUAAAAGUGUAGCAUAUACCUGAUCACCAGUUAGUUUGCUAUUAUAUUUGCUAUAACCUGAUUAUAUCAUCACACAAGUUUAUUCAUGCAAUUUUGUUUUUCUUUCCAGCACUGCUAUUUGUUUGACACAAUGCAUAACAUUAUUGAUGUUAUCGUCCUCAUUUACAAUACGAUACAAAGAUAAAUAUAGAAGCUGCAUGUUGGAGCCAUCCUUUUGCCUGUAAUGUCCAAAUUAAAGGACACAUUUCAGAAAUCUGGAAUCCUUGAGACUGAAAACUGAGUAUGAAAUGAAGGGCCAUAUAAAAAAAAGACAACUUUGUGACAACUAAUCUUUAGGACACUGAGGUGCAUACCCUUAUAGUGUAUCAGGCUCUCCAUCUAGUGUGGUGUGAGUUCAACCUGAAUUCUGGCCUGAUAACUAAACAUCUCAGACAGACGCUUGUUAAUUUAUUUGUCUACUUAUUAGUUCCCAUCCUACUGAGAAGCAUGACUAUUCAUGUUAGUGUGCAUAUCUUGAAAUAAAGUGCUGUUUUAUUCAAUCAUGAUCAGUUUGUAAAUAUAUAGUGCAUGCAUUUCUGAGAACAGAAAUUCUUGUACACUGUGUAUGCAGAACAUUGGAGACACCUUCCUAAUAUUGUGUUGAAAUCCCCCAUGACCUUAAAAUGGCCUUAGUUUGUUAAAAGAUGGGCUCAACAGUGCUGAAAGCAUUAAAAAUGCUGGCCCAUGCUUGUACUUGUGCAUCCCAUGAUUGAAGUUUGCUCAUCAUGUCUACUUUAAAAAAUAUUUUAUACCUUGGAUGUGCAAAUAAAGUGAAAUUUAAGCAUGGCCCUGAACUAAGAUGAAUGUUUUUGUUAUGUUGAACCACAAAUACACAUUACAAUCCAUGUACAAGUGUCAAACACCAGGAAUUCAUCACUGCAAGGACAACUCACAGUUGUCAUUUUUUCUCUCUGAAAGAAUAGGAACUCUGUGAGUUCUCCACCUGCUUCAUUGCAUAUUGGCAAGUUGCAACAUGUUGUGCAUUCUUUUAAUAGUCCUUUUGACAUGAGUGUUGUAUUGGAUUCUUGUUGUAACUGUGCCAUUGAUCUUCAAGGAGUCUUUUUUACCAUUUCUUUGACAUCUUUUGAGCUCAAAGAAAAAAAAAAUCCAACCAAGCAGAAAUACAAUUUUUGAUGCAAAUAGUAUAGCACAUACUAAAAUAGCACUUACUACUGUAUAUCUGGUUCAAAUGCAUGUUUUUUUCCUUUUUUUCCCUACAUGUAAACAAUCUAUGUCUCUGUUGUCUAUAAGCCUCAAAAUUCUUCCUUGAUCUGUCUUCUUCUCUUCAUCAACAUUGAAUGAUUUGUUCAUAAAGUGAACUUAGAUAUGCUCUUAGCUUUCGCCUGUAUUCACCUGAGAUGUCUAUUUCAAAGAAAAAGUUGGUGUCCUUAAUGCUUUGUGCACUGUACAGAGUUGCAACUCUUUUUGCAUGUAUUUUACUUGGUUUCAUUCAGAAAGGCCAAUAAAUGCUAAUGUAAGUAUAA